GCGGUGUUUGGGCAAACCUUCCUGGCCGGCGCCACCUCGUCCAAUGUAACGCACAGCUUCCACACGUUAAGGAUUUCCGCGCUUCGUCUUCUUUAGGGGCCGCCCCAUUCUGUGUGGCUUGUUUCAAAAGGAGCAACAUGCUACAGAGAUGGCUCGUAAGAUGAAUCCACUUAGGUAAAAGCUCUAAAGAUGGCCAAGUUUACACCUUGGGGCGCAAGCCGUGACGAGCUAGAAGAAUACCGCAACACGCCACACAUCGACAAUGAUUCUGGCGAAGCUCCUCGCAUUUGUCUAGGAUUCACUCGCGAAUCUAGCGAAAGCAAGUCCUCCGGUGCCGCCAUCCAGAUGGACUCCAAGCUUUGCUGCCACCCAUUCUACGAAAACAAGAGCAACAUCCGCGUCGGGAUAUUGUUACCUGCGUCCACAGCGACUUUGCUAGACGCUGACGGGCGGCGGUACUACGAACUUUGCACUGCUUACUUUUGUACUUUUCUGUGUAUUCAAACUUCGUCCUGGAGUAGUUCUUCUUGAAACAAAAGAAUAGAGGAUCUUAAGUAUUGAGAAUCUAGAGUAUUUAUUAUCUCUUAUGCGAGUACUUAUUCAUUGUUCUGGAGGACGGUGCAGGUUCACUGGCGACGAGGUGUGGUUCUAGUUAAAAAAAGCUUCUUGAUGUGUCGUUGCAGCUACGUAGCGUCUGCCUCAUCGAACUAUCCACUGCCACCUCUUUUGCUAAUUUUUGCCUAAUCCUUACUAGAACUAUCGCUAUUUUUAUCGCAUGACCGUAUCUACCUUUUUCCCCAUAAUCUCAGGUCGUUCAAGGCGGGGGCAGGAGUCGAGAAAUAUGGAAGGGCAAAGGCUAUGGAUGACUGGCACUGGAGCAAUCUGGUGAAGCUUUUUGACGUCGUAUUUGACGCUCGCCGCUAUCCUCAAAC